GCGAAAUAUUGCUUUUGAUAAUAUGUAAAUAUUAUAUGACCGAGUUUUGAUCACGCAGGUUAUGAGGAAUGGAUAAAGAAGGGUGGAUACAAGCUUCUAAAAUCUUGAGAGUCUAACAGGUAUACAUGCAGCGGAUCUAGACUAUGGAGACUGGAACUAAAGAUGGUGACACUGUUCGCUUUGAAUUCUCAGAGUCCGUGAUCACAUGUCAGAUUUGUAUGGAAAUAUUUGAGAGUCCAAGAAUUCUUCCGUGCCAGCAUACUUUUUGUAAGAAAUGUGUCAUUUGCCUUUUACAAAGGCACUGUUUAGAUGGAAAUGGCAAGUUAAAGAAGACUACAUUCCCAUGUCCAAAUUGCAGGAGGGAGUGUAAAAUACGUAAAAAAGGGAAACAAAACAUGGAAGACUAUUUAAAAUGUUUCCCUGAAAGUUUACUACUUAAGACAUUUCUCGACUCGAAGGAGGAAAAUCACGAAAAGCAGAGUAGUAAAUCAUCGAGUGCACCAGACACGGAGAAGGAACUUCUCGAGCCUGUGAUUGACACUUAUCCUGGAAGCGAAUACGGGGAUGGAGAGCAUAUUACUAGUCGGGCGGCCACCGUAAUACAGGAACGAUUAUGGCUUUACUGUUUGUUCAUAUGUAAGGUUCAUCAGUUUCUGAGGAUCGUACAGGCAUAUUAUUCGAGUUCACUGAACAAGGUUCCGAGAUCAGUAUUUGUUAUUCUCCUUAAAAAGUUAAUAGAAAUUCCGAAAAUCAUAAACAACCCAGUGUUGUAUCAGUAUCACGUAUUAGAAUAUUUUGAAGAGUAUGACAUAUAUACAUCUCUCCAUAUAACUGAUAUGCUCGAAAAGAAUAUAAGGACAGUUAUUGGGGAUCUUGAGCAAAAUGAGACUCAUAUGGGAUGCGUAUUCAAAGACAAACAAACACAGACUGAAGAAAUAAGCGUGAUCAUAAGAACUUACAAGUACAUAAUCAGUCAGUUGCAGAGAAUCAUUUGUUUUUUGCUAAAGCAAAACAUGUCUGUUGUCAAAUGUGUUUUGGAGUAUUUAAUGGCUGAUCCUAAUAUCUGUGAAAUAGACUGUAGUCUAAUUUACACCAUUCCUUACAGAAAAGUACGGUGUUGGCUACUAUUGAUAAAAUUGUCCGACAUUGUCAUUUUGAUGCACUCAGCUGGACAAUCAUUUUCCUGGUCUUUUCUAUUUUUGAUGAUAUCCUACGUGCUUCUCCUAGCUUUCUUUAAAAGAAUCAAGAAAUACAUCGACGGGGGUAUUUGUAUUGGCAACACGUUACCUCUUUUCCCAUUAUUCCUCAUCAGUCUGAAUUUGGUUAUCAACCUUUACAGAUGUUAUAUCUAUUACAGCGCAGUUAUACAACUGAACUUCUGGUUUCUAGCUAGAUUAUUCUUUUUUGAACUGGUUCCAGAGUUGGCCGUUUUUAUUACCAUAUUUACUCUUGAACUUUGUGGGAAAGAGCAUUUGAUACAUCAAUAUGGCCCUUUUAUAAACUUUAAUCCCACAACGCGUCUAUGAUGGAUAUGUAUUUAUGUUACACUAUCUUAUAAAACCAUACUUUUGUCAUUAAUUUCCAUUAUUUACUACUUUAAAACUUAUAAUUUUCGUUAUCAUGACUGUUCUACAGUUACUUAUUCAUCGUUUAGAUGGUUUGUCUGACAUAUGAUGUAGUUAUAAACAUUUCCAGAUAUUAGAACGGAGAACCGUGAAGAAGAUUCAUGAAUAAUAUUAUUUUUGAUAAAUCAAUGUACUUGUAUAAUUUGGACUACUGAAAAAGUUUUCUUUAUCAUAAAUUUCGUAGAAUUAUCUCAUUAUCUCAUUCUUAACAAGGAACAUGUGCGUUGUCAUGUUUGUCACCCAUAUACAUUUAUCAUUGUAUGUUUACAGAAGUUAUGGAUAUGGUAAAACUGUGAGUGCCAGUGCAAAAUUAAAACAAAAGAAGGGUUCAUGCAUUAUAAAGUAGCUAAUCAUACAAACACACUGCAAAAUGAUAUCCAGAUUGAGAUAAAAAAUGUGAAGAUGGUUUAUCACAGACGUAUGAUGAGCUAUUUCUUCAAAUUGAUUACAAAGAUAUACUUCUACUUACAGUUUCUACAUUUUGAAAAACAAAUGGACUAAAUUUGCAGGCGCAAGUAUUCGGAAUUGUAUUAAUGUAUCUGUUUUAAUCCUGAUAUAAGAUGAUGAUAUAAAUUCUUAUCUAUAUCUGUACAUUCUGAUUAAUUAUCAUUCAAGGCAUUCAAGAUUUAGUUUCAGCUUUAUGGUUGAUGACCUUGGUAAACAAAUUUCCGAUAUGGACAUUUUAUAUCAAAACUAUUCAUUUUUAACUUGAUGUAUGAUAACUGAAAUUUAUUUUGAUAGAUGUUCGAUUUGUGAAAAAACUUUAAGAGCUUUUUUCAUUUACAUGUACAUUUCUAACUCCCAGUUUAUAAUUUGAUCUAGUAUCGUAAAACGUUUACGUACUCUUCAUGAUCCUUUAAUUAAACGAUGUAACUCAUUGCAGACUUGGAGCGGUCUUCUGCGCAUGCCCGAAAGUGAUUAUCAGUUGUAGCGCACGGCAAAAAUAUGCAUAUUUUUGCAUGUCCGCAUGCAUUUAUUGUACAAUAUGCAUAAAAUACUGACUAAAGGUUAGGGUUAGUAUCACCAUGGUUACAAAAUAUAUACAUUUAUGAUAUUUUCGUUCAAAUUUAGUUAAUCCGGUAUGUACCGGAGUCUGUAAUUUAUACUGGCGUUCCAAGUCUGCAUUGAGUCACAGUCUUAAUUAAAUAGGCUACUCCGAACAUUUUGCACAGAAUCGAAGUCAAUGGAGUGAAAAUGAGUAGUAUUCCGGAAUGUUUAGAACACAGAACAGUUCCUUGAUAAUAUUUACAAGAAUAGAAAGCAGGUCUUUGUUUCUAUCAGCUAUCAUGGAUAAUCUCAAUAGUGCUUGGUACCAGAGCAGAACAGUGAAUAAUAAUAAGAUUACUCUAGAAUUUCUAGAACACUGUUUUGGGAAUUCAAUAGGAUAUGACCCUAGUUUAUAGAUAUGCGGUACAAGAUUAAUAUUUAUAAAGGGUCCGCAUUUCAAUCUGUAGCUAUCAGAGAGACGGCUAAAUUUUUGCCCCUUGUAGUAUAUCUACUUUCAGAAGAUUUGAGUAUUGUUAAUAAAUGAAUAAGCUCUGUGUAAUGUAAAGGUGUCAAUUCUAAACAAUGAAUGCUGAUUGAAUACAUAAAAGAAUCUAUUUUCAUACAUUGUACUUUGCGAAUAAAAAUGAUGUCUUUGCUUGCAUUCAUAGUUAUUUAAUUUAUUAUGCAAUACGUUCGUUAAACAAUACUUGCAUAUCGGCGGUUUUUCUCUUUUGCAGGAUUAUUCUGUGCGGCGUAUAGUCCGUCACCGUUAGAAAUUUUAUUAAUUAAUUAAUAGAAGUUUUAUUAUCACUCUUUGCGAGAACAUAAACAAUACAUGAGAUAAGUAACGUUAUAUGGAGUGCACUUGUUAGCCAGAAUAAUUGCAAAAUAUGUGAUGUAAGACUUGUGCAUGUGACUUGAUA